AUGAGCCAGCGCAGCGCCCGUCGGGCGAGCCCCCUGCCCCCCGCCGCGCCGCCGCCGGUGCUCCUGGCCGCCGCCCUCCUCGCGCUGCUCUACCUCGUCCCCGCCAUGGCAGCGGAGGCGGAUGCGCCGCCGGACUACGGCGCCGCGCUGUCGAAGAGCCUGCUCUACUUCGAGGCGCAGCGGUCGGGGCGGCUGCCGUACGGGCAACGCGUGCGGUGGCGCGGCCACUCGGGCCUCACCGACGGGCUGCAGCAGGGGGUGGACCUGGUGGGCGGCUACUACGACGCCGGCGACCACGUCAAGUUCGGCCUGCCCAUGGCCUUCACCGUCACCAUGCUCGCCUGGGGCGUCGUCGAGUUCGGCGACGACGUCCAGGCCGCCGGGGAGUGGGGGCACGCGCUCGAGGCCAUCAAGUGGGGCACCGACUACUUCGUCAAGGCGCACACAGAGCCAUUCGUAUACUGGGCAGAGGUGGGGGACGGCGACACGGACCACUACUGCUGGCAGCGGCCGGAGGACAUGACGACGUCGCGGCAGGCGUACCGCGUGGACAAGGACAACCCGGGAUCCGACCUCGUCGGUGAGACGGCCGCGGCGCUCGCCGCCGCCUCGCUCGUCUUCCGCCGCUCCGCCGAGCACCGCGACUACGCGGACCUCCUGCUCCGGCACGCGCGGCAGCUGUUCGAGUUCGCGGACACGUACCGGGGCAACUACGACAGCAGCAUCAAGCAGGCGCACAGCUUCUACACCUCCGUCAGCGGCUACCGGGACGAGCUGCUCUGGGCGGCCUUCUGGCUGCACCGGGCCACGGCCGAGGAGGCCUACCUCCGCUACGCCGUCGACCACGCCCGCUCCCUCGCCGGCGGCGCCGGGUGGCCCAUGACCGAGUUCAGCUGGGAGAACAAGUACGCCGGACUGCAGGUCCUCGCCGCCAAGCUGCUGCUGGACGGCGAUCCGCAGGGGGCGCAGCACCGGGCGGUGCUGGAGCAGUACAAGGCGAAGGCGGAGCACUACCUGUGCGCGUGCCUCGGCCGGAACAACGGCAGCAACGUGCACCGGACCCCCGGCGGGAUGCUCUACGUGCGCCAGUGGAACAACCUCCAGUACGCCUCCAGCGCCGCCUUCCUCCUCACCGUCUACUCCAGCUACCUCGCCCGCGCCGCCGAGAGCCUCCGCUGCCCCGACGCGCCGGAGGUGCCGCCGUCCGAGCUGCUGGCCCUCGCGCGGUCGCAGGCCGACUACAUCCUCGGCCGCAACCCGCUGCGGAUGAGCUACAUGGUCGGCUACGGCGCCCGGUUCCCGUUGCGCGUGCACCACCGCGCCGCGUCCAUCGUCGCACACAAGGCCGACAACCGCUUCAUCGGGUGCGUGCAGGGCUUCGACGACUGGUUCGGCCGCGACCAGCCGAACCCCAACGUGCUCGUCGGCGCCAUCGUCGGCGGGCCCAACCGCCGCGACCAGUUCAGCGACACCAGGAAGACCUACAUGCAGACCGAGGCGUGCACCUACAACACCGCGCCCAUGGUCGCCGUCUUCGCCAGGCUGCACCGCCUGUCGACGAUGGCGGCGGCGGAGAACUCCUCGUCAGAUUCGGAGGGGUGCCGCCCAGGCCUAGGGACGGCACUCUCGGCCAAGUGUAGAUAAACUAAGGUGCUCCUGCAGGUAUAAUUAGCUUGGGCGGGAAAUUCUUUUUCUUUCUCGUAUACGAACUUACUUCCAUAUAAGAUUUGUUCCAAGUGUUAAUAUGAGAAAGAGUUACUUAGUGAAAGAAAAGAACAUGCAUAGUGUCUAGUAGACGAACAAUAUAAGAACGAAAUCGAUCGGGUGGGUGAAAGAUUAGGUACUUGUAUUCUCAAGUUAGUUAGGUGUUUCAGAAAGCAAAUUUAAAGGACUUGUGUCAUCUUUACUGGA